ACUUGACGACGACGGGAUACGUGGUACCUAUUCUGUCUCAGAACCCCCACGGGACUGGUUCAGCAGCAUCAGCGACUGAGGUGGAUGCUACGCUGUUUCUAAGGAAUUGAUCAGUUAUCAGUUGUGUUGUCAGGUGUCGCGCUAACACAGGUGGCAUCGCUUACCUAGAGACGAGGUGCCGCUGUAAUCAGUCACAGCAGAAGAAGGAACACACAGUCACAUUCCAUCAUCGUCUGUGUUGUGUUGCAACUCGACAUGAACAACGCGCAGAUCCUAAGGAACCACGCCCUCUUUCAGAAGAGCUGGACCAACUGGCCGUGUAACCAUGGCCUGCCCUCGCUGUCCAGCGGGUCACGGACCUCCAGGGCCACGGGGUCAGAGUCACUCAACAUGUCGCUCGCCACCAGUUCCAAGUCCGGUAACUCGCAGCCUCGAUUUCGAACGAACCGCGUUGAGUCAACAUCAACGUUCUCCAAGUCUGACCCCAGUUCCCUCACCGCCAGCAACAACAGCGUGGUCACCAGGAGCAACCACGUGCUGGCGGACAGACGGGAGAAGAGAGCCACAAGACGCAAGCCCUGGACUGAAGACAUACCCAAGAUAGAGUCUAACAAGAACACAUAUGUCGAGAUCCACUAUGAGAAGGCGCUCCCUAAGGGCAAGUGGAUGGAGUACAGGCAAAGACAGUACGUGGCCAACCCUAAAUAUGGGCAUCUGUACGAAGUCAGGACCGACCUGACCCCCCGGAGAGAGAGCCCGCCCCCUCCCAGCACGUGGCUGUGGGAGGAUGAAUACCGUAUAUGGAGGCUGGAGGAAGCAAGGGAAGGUAACUCCUCCGUGUCUAGCUCUCUAUCCAAGAUAGGCAGUAUGACGUCACGGAAAGGGAAGAAGAACGACAAAGAGAAACCGCACGCUGAUCUGUUCGCCCAAUACCACGCCUACCGUCUGGACAAACAACGUCGCCAGUACGCCGCCACCAACAUCCAGCGUUACGUCAAGGGAUGGCUGGUCAGACAUAAGGUUAAGAAACUGAAGAGAAACGCUCUUCUCGGACUAAGCCGAGCAUGGCCGAAGUUUACCGACGAAUACAAGGAGACAGUGACCCGGAUACAGGCCCGAUACGGCGUCAUGAGGACGUACUGCCACUUUGACCUCGACCAGGUCGCAGAUUUCAUCGACAGGAGAGAACGUUAUGAACGGGUGUUUGACCGCAUGGUGGACAGACGGAUUGAAAAAAUGCCACGUGACGACCUUCCCGAGUUCUUCCGAGCGUGUGGCCUUCACCCCACGGAAGGGGAGAUAAACGCUGCCUUCAACACUAUCUUCCGAGGUGCGGGUAACACGGCGGAAGUGGUGUUUGUGCUGGACUGCUCGGCCAGCCUCGGUCCCGUCAACUUCAAGUGUCAGCUCAACUUCCUGAAGGAUGUCAUCCAGGACCUUGACGUGGCCUCGGACCGGAUCAGGGUCGGUCUGGUACCCUAUACUGAAAGUGUCUUCGAAUCAUUCGGCCUCACCCGUUUCGAAAACAAAAAAGACAUUCUGGAAAGAAUAGAUCAAAUCAAGUUCAAGAGUGGACUGACCCGGACUGACCUCGCCCUGAAGAUGAUGAGGGAGUUGUUUCAGUCCUCCCGUCCGGGGGUGCAGAAGGUGUGCCUCGUGAUCACCGACGGCAAGUCACAUGACGUGAACCUGACCUUGAGAGAGGCAAGAAAGGCACAGCGAGACAAUAUAGAUAUUUAUACCAUAGGUGUGGGGUAUGACGUGGAUGUCGAGGAGCUCAAGUCUAUAGCAUCCUCGGACAAGAACGUGCACACCGUGUCCGACUACAUGACUCUGGUCAACCUCAAGGACCUCCUCCAGAAGAGGAUCUGUCUAGGGAGUGACCAAUCCCCGUCCGACAGGCACGUGCAGCCCGUGCGAGAUGCAUGCAGACCUCUUGUCCGGGACGAGGCCCUGGAGGUGAUAUGGAGCUUGUAUCCGCCAAAGGCUUCAGACGUGGAGGCUAGGAAGUCUCGCUGGAUCCGCCCCGUGGUGCAGGAGACGGAGGCUUGGUCACUCCUUGAUGACCGUAUUUUGACCCAGACGGAUUUCCGUACUUGUCUGAAGCUGGUGAUAGAGGCGCGUCUGAAGAGGGAGGGCGUGGUCGCCAUCCCAAGCAACGUGCGCGCGGGUGUGGAGGAAGUGUCAAACGCCGAGGAAGCCAUGGAGAAGAUAGAGAAGUACCUGCUGGAGAGGAAGGCUGAGAAGGAGACGAAGGAAAUAAAGACGACUCCGCCGCGAGUCGCCGUGUAGUCACAUGACAGUGCCUAUGCUCUAGGAACCAGUGUUUUCUCCUGUUCAUGUACCUGUAGUAACUACAAGCCCAUACAGGGAACAUGUAUCGGAAACAUGCUCCCAUCACAAAGGUGCCUUACGUUUCAUCAUCUCAAGAGAGAAAAUGUAAUUACAGUUAUCCGUACUUAAAAACAAAUGUUUCUGGCGCUUGCUGUAAGCCGGCAUCAUCUGAAUCGAACCCGGACCUUAGGUGUCACGAAGCAACGCUUUAACCACUAGGCUACCCAACCGCCCCGAUUUUUGAAAGAACAGCGUCAAAAUAAUAUAGUAGGGGCAAGGGUGGCCCAGUCGUCUAAAGCGCCGUAAUUCGAUGUGCAGAGUUGCGUCCCUUGGAACGCCAGAAACCCAUGAUCGUGGGUUCGAAUUCCGGUUCUCCAUGCUUGUUUCUUGGUUUGUCAGAACCGAACCCGUUCUGGUGGAUUUCACCAAAAUUGUAAACGUCUGAGACUUGCAUCGCUUCUGGUUUUACUCCCCCACCAAGCUGUCACGCGGUUAUAUAACGGGAAUACUGUUCAUUGUGGGUGUUUAACUUGUUUUGAGCAGUAUAUUGCAUGUAUAUGCGUUACAGCAGGCGGUUCGUCCAAGUUGGUGGAAGCGGAUGAAAAAUAUCAAUGAUUUUACAAAAUGUACAUAUUCAGUAAACGUUUAUGAUUGUUUGAAAUAACAUCUUCUGUCCAUAAGUCAUUUUAAAUCUUUUACGCAAACGCAAAUUGUCAUCAAGAUCUGUGAUAUUGAUAAUGGUGGUGUUGUUUAUCUGUUGAUCUGUUAUUGUAAAUAACUUGUUGAUAAGUGUCGUUUCGUACGUUUUCAUAUAACAUUGAUCUAUAAAUGUCGAGUAUGCUUGUAGUUAGAGACGACUAACGGGAUCGGGUGGUCAGGCUCGCCGACUUGGUUAAUGCAUGUCAUCGUAUCCCAGUUCGAUGCUCAUGAUGUCAAUCACUGGAUUGUCUGGUCCAGACUCGAUUGUUUACAGACCGCUGUCAUAUAGCUUGAAUAUUGCUGAUUGCGGCGUUAAACAACAAAGAAAAGGAAACAUAAGACUGACAGUAGACGACUGCUGUAAAGUGAACAUUUGAUGGUGAAAUCAUGCAUGUCAGGUCAUUGUAUGUAGCUCACGCAACCACAACCCCACCUUUCUAUUACACUGGGGACCGCUUCGCCAAGCAAACGUAGUGUCACAAAUGCUAUCACAAGAUGCACUGACACACAUAGACAUCAUCUUCCCGAGGCAAGUGAGUUAACUGAUUGUAAAAGUCCAGUUUCCACCCUUGCCGAACUGGGCUGGUAUUAUGGAGUUACAUUUUGGCUGGACUAACGAGUCUAUGC